GUUCGAUCCCGGGAUCGAACGGCAACUCCCGUGUCUGCCGGAUCAGCGAAGCCCCUGUAUGUAUAAUCCCUGAAAUUAUACUAUCCUCCACAAGGCGUCAUAUUGCAUGAAUCUCUCAUAAGAAUUCAAUAUUGACAGUACACAUCUUAUCUCUUCCAAAACUCUAGCUGCGUUCUAGCAUCUUAUUCACAGGAAGAAGCUGGGGCGCCCCCGGUGGGCACAUGGAUCCAAACGGAGAUCCACCAACAGGGUAAUUUAUUCCUUGCACGCCCGUGUCUCACUAGUUUCCCGCGCGAAUCACGGAACAUGCCUUGGAUGCAACUCGGGGAUCGCCAUACCACCUGGCAAAAGAAGCAAGUAUAAAAUGUCGAUGUCUUCCAACUUUCCCACCAAUGGCAUCUUGCUACUGAGAAAUAUAUUCGUUCUUUUCGCAUAGCCGACAUCUCGUUCUUUACAACGCAAUCUAGCACAAUGCAUAACCUUGCGGUUCUCGGCCUCGCCACUCUGGCCCUCGCGGCCCCGAGCGCUCUCAACGAGAGGGCUAGUACUUGUACUUUCACUUCGGUAGACACUUUGGCGUCGAAGAAGAAGUCUUGUACGGACAUCGUGAUCAAGGGGGUCACUGUUCCAGCUGGACAGACACUUGACUUGACCGGCCUCAGCGAUGGCACAACCGUCACCUUCCAGGGCACCACGACGUUCGCAUACAAGGAGUGGGAGGGCCCCCUAAUCAGUGUCUCGGGAACCAAGAUCACCGUCAAGGGCGCCAGCGGCCAUGUCAUCGACGGCCAGGGCGCAAAGUGGUGGGACGGAAAGGGUAGCAACGGAGGCAAGACGAAGCCCAAGUUCUUCUACGCCCACAGCCUGAAGUCCUCGUCGAUCACCGGACUCAACGUCAAGAACACUCCGGUCCAAGGCUUCUCCAUCAACGGUGCCAAGGGUCUAACGCUAAACCAAAUCACCAUCGAUAACUCUGCCGGAGACUCCGCCGGUGGCCACAACACGGAUGCUUUCGACGUCGGCUCUUCCGAUAGUGUAAAGAUCAUCGGCGCCAACAUCAAGAACCAGGACGACUGCCUGGCCAUCAACUCCGGAACCAACAUCGAGUUCACCGGCGGCACCUGCUCCGGCGGCCACGGCCUCAGCAUCGGCUCCGUCGGCGGCCGCAGCAACAACGAGGUCCGCAACGUCGUCAUCUCCGGGUCGACCAUCAGCAACUCUCAGAACGGCGUGCGCAUCAAGACCGUCUACAACGCGUCCGGCUCCGUCAGCAACGUCACCUACUCGGACAUCAAGCUCAGCAACAUCACCAAGUACGGCAUCGUCAUCCAGCAGGACUACGAGAACGGCAGCCCUACCGGCACGCCUACGACCGGUGUACCCAUCACCGAUCUUACGAUUAGCAAGGUCACGGGUACCGUUGCGACGGAUGCUACUAAGGUGUACAUCCUGUGCGGCAAGGGGUCUUGCAGCGACUGGACGUGGACUGGUGUGAGCCUUUCGGGGGGCAAGACGAGCUCUAAGUGCGCGAACAUUCCUUCGGGAGCUUCUUGCUAGAUGUUUUAGUCAAGUCAAGUCAAGUAUUGUAUAUCCAUAGCCGCCAUAUGUAUAUAUAAAUAGAAUCUAGCAAGUCUUAAGGCCAAUUCACAUACAGUUAGCAGCUGUCAUAUUAUAUUAA